UUGGUUUGUUCUGAAUGUUUGUACGGAACCCAACAUCAUUAUCAGGAAGUGAAGGGCGGUGGUUGAGAAAAAGAGCAGCAUCGGGCUAGCUGACAAGUAUCGGGUUGUUGUCAGGUAAAAAAAAAAGUCAAAAUGUCUAGCAAAAGAGCAAAGGGAAAGACCACGAAGAAGCGCCCUCAGCGUGCAACUUCCAAUGUCUUCGCCAUGUUUGACCAGUCUCAGAUUCAGGAGUUCAAGGAGGCCUUUAACAUGAUUGACCAAAACCGUGAUGGGUUUGUGGACAAAGAGGACCUUCACGACAUGCUGGCCUCACUGGGGAAAAAUCCAACUGAUGAGUACCUGGAGGCCAUGAUGAUGGAAGCUCCUGGACCCAUUAACUUCACCAUGUUCCUCACCAUGUUUGGGGAGAAGCUCAAUGGCACAGACCCUGAGGAUGUGAUCAGGAAUGCAUUUGCUUGCUUCGAUGAGGAGGGGACAGGUGUCAUCCAGGAAGAAUACCUCAGAGAGCUGCUCACAACAAUGGGUGACCGCUUUACAGAUGAGGAGGUGGACGAGCUCUUCAGGGAGGCCCCGAUCGACAAGAAAAGCAACUUCAACUACGUGGAGUUCACACGCAUCCUAAAGCAUGGUGCCAAGGACAAGGACGAUUAAAGAGCCACUUUCAGCCUGUUCGCCUCUUCCGUCAGUUAGAUCACCAUGCUGCAUGUCUCAACUCUCCAAUAUAAACCCAAUUUUAAACAAACCAAAGCAAUAACUAUCCACUGUUUGCUGUGAACUUCCAGUACUGCCAAAUGUACACACCUCUAAUGAGAAGGAAAAAUGUAAUUGGUUGUAAAAAUGCUUUUUCCUUUCAUGAAAAGAUGUGAGGUGGCAGCAUCUUGGAAACUCUAAGGGAUAAGUCUUUGCUAUUCAUUUGAUCAGGUUUAGUUGAAUUUUUACAUUUUAUAAUAUAAACUUUCUAAAUAAAGUCUUCUAUCAAGUUGUAUUUUGCUGACUGUUUCACUUCCAUAAAUGACAACUGAAAUA